CAAGAACCAAUCGGAACAUCGCAAAUCGCUGAUCAACAGUGUUCACAUUCGCUUUUACACUAGGCAACAAUCUAGUUCCGUCAAACGAAUCAAAAAACAAUGCAAGCGACGCCCACUUAAAUAAUUUCGAUUCCAAUACAUGAAAAACGCAGACCCUUUUUCUCCAACCUCUCUACGGAGGCUCCUACGUGCAUCAGCCCUAAGCUCCCCCUGACUUCUUUCUUGGUCGGGAUCUUGUUGCGAAGACAGUUCUUCGUGAAGCUAAAAGCGCUAUUGUAGGCUGUUGUCAUCCGAGCUCCUUUCCGCCAUGAAGCGAAAUAGAGAAAGCAUCAUCUUCAAAUAUCAGCUGUUUUUUUAGUUUCUGACCUCUGCAACGGAAAAUAAAAGAGCGUGACUUUCAUUUUGGAAUUUCGAACAGAGCGUAGGACCUUUACCGCAAGUUUAUCUAACCUCUUGGUAGUUGCAGACCAGUCGUUCUCGGUGAUUUUUGAAAAUGACGCGGGUGCAAUGCUAUGUCUAUGACAUUAGCCAAGGAAUGGCAAGAAUGAUGUCGAUGCCCCUAUUGGGAAAACAGGUACUCUCCCACGUUAUGUGCUCAGACGCAAUAGAAAACCACAAUUUUAACUAUGCCUAUGGAUGCUGAGAAGCCAAAUCCACAAUAUCAGCUUGUCCCGAACGCAAUGAGAAUGUUGUUGGACGAAUGCUUUUUCACUUCACUUCCCUACCUACGACCAGGUUGACAUCAUUCCGCAUAGUGGGAUAGUUUGCUUUGGCAAGGAGUAUUUUUUUGGCGGCGGCGUAUGCGUGACAGAGGCAGGCAAGGCCGUUCCCAUGCCGCCAUGUGAGGUCAUAGAGCUGGGGAAUACGUCAAAGACCGAGAGCGAACUCGGACAAUUUUUGACACAGAUAUCACCACAAUACACAACGGAAACUUACAACCUUCUGUCGCACAAUUGCAAUCACUUCGCCAACGCAGUCGCAAAGUUUUUAGAAGGUACUUGUAGAAAUAAUCGAUCUUCAAGGAUGUCGAAGCAUUUGAAUUCGUUUUGCAUGGUCAGGGUAAAAGGCUAAAUUUUCAUUUUUUUGCCUCUGAAGAAGUCCUGCUGUCACAGCUUCGCACACGACUUGCAAGAAAUACAGCACCAUGGUGACAUAACAAAACCUUAUGGGAGAACAACAGGACAAAAUUAGAUAUACCAUACAACAGUGACCGAAGUACCGAGCCGCAUUGUGAAUGUAGCGGAUGAAGCUCUGUCGACGCCACAAGGCCAACAAAUGCGCGGACUGAUCGAGGGCUUUGAAAGGCAGAUGAGACAACAAAAUAGCGGCAAUAGUUUCAAUCCAUUCCAGAACACCACAAGCACAGUACCAGGCGCUUUGGGCACAACACCUUAUGUGAAGAUGAUGCUGGAUGUGGAUCUAUCUACCACUUCCCUCUCUCAUUCAUGACUUGUAGAAGAAAAAUAGAAGCUAUACUUCAACUUCUGCGUGCGUUUGAUUUUACUUUGUUCACAGGGAGUAGAAGCUCGUGAUUUCAUUUUGUUGAUUUCUUACACACAAGCAUCUUCAUCACUAGUUGAUUCAAAUGCUGGUAUAUAAGUAGAACGACAUCAUCAAAACGAUCCUGUCUCCGACUAUGAUUUACUACGUUAAAUGGAAGUCAACGUCCGCUAUCUAAGUAUGAGCUGCCUCGUCUUCGUCGUCGAGUUUGGCAGAUUUCGAUCGCGCGCUGUCCGAGGUCUGCGGCGUUUCUGAUGUAGACAAGAAGCGCGCCUGUCUUGUUACAUUGAACAAGAUGUGCCUCAACAGUAUGGCGGAGAAUAAAUCAGAUUGUUACCUUUCAAAUAAUUCUAGUUCCAGUAUUAAUGCUUCACGAAAUCUGUACAACCAUCAGUGCAGCCUAUGCAAAAGAUUGCAACUUCUGUUAGCUUGAGGGCAUGCUUGUCGCUGAGGAGACCACAAUUGUGAGUACCUAAAAAAACUCGUCAAAUUAGCAUUUCUCCCCUCUUCAUGAAAGUCGUCGACAAUCCGAGCGAAGUCAAGUAUCGCCGAAUCAAGAUGGAAAAUCCGGCAUUUAACAAAAAAGUAGCGGAGUGUCCAGGCGGCACAGAGUGCAUUCUAGCGUUAGGCUUUGCUCCGGAUGAGGUAGAUGGCGUUGAUCACUGGGUUUUCGAUCCAUCACGCCUGUCUCUAAGUGACUUGCGGCUUGCUUGUUCGAAGCUUUCGACCCAAGAGUCGAAACUGCCGCAGCAGCGUCCGCCGCAACAGCUCCCAGCACAAAUAGUACCAAAUUCAGCCGGGUUUGGAGGAAUGCCAGGUUCCACCGGAGGGAUGACCAAUCCAUUGUUGAACAACCUAGCGGGCGGCAUGCCGGGAGGAGGGCUUGGCGGCAUGCCUGGAGGAGCCUUCGGCGGAUUACCCGGCGGACUAGGCGGAGGGAAUCCACAGCUAGCGCAGCAGGCCCAGGCAAUGAUGGCAAGCAACCCACAGAUGGCGGCGCAAGCACAAGCAUUGAUGAGCGAUCCGCAAGCGAUGCAACAGAUGAUGAACAACCCGCAAGUGCAGGCUUUGAUGAACAAUCCACAAGCUUUGCAAAAUAUGAUGAACAUGAUGAAUCAGGGGCCUCGGUAAAUGAUAUUUACCAAAGCCCAUGAAGAAAAGACACAUUAGCAUUUCUAUUUUUCUUGAUUCACGAUCAUACGCUUCAUCCCCCUGACUUGUUCCCGCGUGUCCGGCACAUAAAUGCAGUGGUGACUGAGCACGAAAAGUUUUCUUGUGGAACCAUUUGCUCGUUUUGUAUUUACGUGUGCAGCUAUACCGAUAACGAAGAGCCUUUCGCGGCGGUCACUGAUUUUUGUAAAGUUAUGUUUUAUCCCAUUAUAUUUAUAACGAUGAUGAGCAAAAAUGUGCAUUUCCGUAUUUUCUGAUUUUUUUCCUGUAGCUGUUGCGAUUGCACCAGCGCGACUGCAGGACGAACAAAAACUGACUAUUACGCCUCCCAUUACUUCUCAAAGAGAAUGUCUUAACGGCAGAGGGAAAGUGUACCAAUCGCGUACGUAUCGCGCGCGCGAUCUGGUAAAGCAGUAUUCUGCUCGGCGCAAUAAAUGUGUCAUGGCGAGUCGAUCUCUCUUGUGUGUGAUACAAAAUUCUGAAGGCGUUCAUGGUCUUUUAAUAACGC